AUGAUAUGUAGCAUUUUAUUAGGGAACACGACUCUCAUUCAGGAGGCGAAUACCAAUCGCCAGGGCUCAAAUCAUACAUUAACAGGUUUUAUUAUUAGCUUAUGGCGCAAGUUGGUCUGUAGUUGUGGGGCAUUGUUUAAAACUAUAGCCUGGUAGACGACAUGAAUGAAUUAAUCUGUAGGAGAUAUAAUUGUCACUGUA